AUGCAGACCAUCCUUUCGGAGGUGACGUGGCGCAAUUUCGACCGAAACGGAGAUGUUGCGAUCAUGGCAGCUCGCAGCAAAUGCAAGCCUCCGUCACGUGGAACGACGCGCCUGCACUUCGUCACUCGGCCCCGGAAAGAAGCAGAGCCCAUGGGCUCAUGGGAUCAGUGA